AUGGGGCUGUCCAAAAAAGGGGGCCCAAGACCCAAAGGAUUCCGGGAUGAAAGAAGGGCCCUGACGCCCCUGUCCCGGCCGCCCGGGCCUGCCGCCCCGCGGGGGAGCCUCCCGGGGGCCCGCGCAGGCUUCGGCCCAGCAGCGCCGCUGUCCCGCCCGGAGGCCCCGGGGGAGCCGAAGGGCGCGGGGAGGCCCGGGUUGCGGGGGCAGGGCGCGGCCCCCGAGAGGCCCGCCGGCCCGAGGCCUAGCCGGCGCCCCCCCCUCGCCCCACACCCCCAUCCCGGCCCGCGCAGGCCGCGCCGUUCGCCCCGCUCCGGUCCCAGCUGGACCCCCGCCCGGCCGCCGGCCGUCGCUGCCCGUGGACGCCCCCCAGGUCCCCGGGCCCUGAGCCCCCGCCACCCCGGCGCUGGCCCCUCUCACCCUUUCAUUCUCUGCCCGGGGCCUGGCGCGGGCCGGCGAAUCCCCGGCCUCACAUCAGAGUGAGAGGCGCUGGCAAUGGACUAGGAAGCUCGGCUGCCGCUGCUACUGCUCCCCCCUGGGCUCCGGCGAGAGCCUUUCCCUGUCAAGCAAGAGGGGUGAGGAUCAUAUUUUUAUUUUGGAAACUAAAAAGUGCUCCCAGGGUCGGUGAUUAUUAAGGGGAAAUCCCUGAAUAUACUCUCCAGCCAAGAAGGCAGGGCUGCCGGGGCUGCACAAGAAGAGGCAGCAGCCUCCUACAGCACCACUACAGGCACUGCGAGGACAUAACACCAGAGAGCAGCUCCUCUGCCCUCCGAAACGACAACUUUCCUACCAUCUUGGAGGCAGAGGAAAGGGGGGGCCGGGGGGAAAAGUGCACCCGCUCCCGAUAAAGUACAAAUUUCUACCUCUCAUCUCUGGAAAAAGGUCCACACCGGCCGUCUACAACCGGCGCCUGGGGGAAAAAAGCGGGCAAGAAACUGGGGGUGCUUGAGAAACGUUUGCAUUUGCACCAGGGGGAAAAAUGUUUCUGCAUCUUCAGAUGGAAAGAAAUCUUUACAAGACACAGGUUUUCCGAUCUAAGUUCUGGGUCUGGUGGUCAGUUUAUAAAUUUGGACUUUAAGAGACUUUAUAGCCACUUUAUCUUUGUCUUCUUAUACAUUUGUGUAUAGAAAAUAUUUAUGUCUCCUUAUAUUAUAUAUAAGAAUUUGUGUUAUAUAGCCUUCUCCAAACUGAGAUUGCUGGAAGACAAUUGUAAAGGGAUGUCUUUUGUCUCCUUUUCUCAAAGCAAUGUAAAUAAAACCUAUUGACAAUCCAGAAAGGCAAGAUAGAGCAGUUUAUUUUUCACAGUGCAAAUUAAGGCAGAGAUCACUGGGGGGUUAAAUACAACUUAAGUGUAACUGACCACGUUUCUGGAAAAAAUCCUAAUGCUGUUAUGUUCUGCCCAUGAAGAAAGGUUACUGUAAAACUGGAAAUAGAUUUUAAAGACAGCAUUAGAUUUUCUUAAAGAAAAAUUGCUUAUUUAGAAUUAUACCAGGCAUUUAAUUUUUUUUUUUAUUUUGUUCCUUUAAGGUUCAGAUCUUUGGUGCAUUACACAUACUGCUGUCCACUUUUUGAGAAAUAUGUCAAUUUUUGUUACAGUUGACAUGUUCAGAACUUCCAGUGUGCUGUCAAACUGUAUAAAAUACUUUUAAUAUUUUGCAAUGAA